GAAUUCUGUGUAAUACAUACAUAUGUAAUACAUAUAUAUAUGGAAAAGUAAAAUCAUUAAGAAGAGGAGGUACCAUCUGCUAUCCAGUUGAUGUCGAUUUUUCGUUGCUGAAACUAGUAGUUUUGUACAUAAGUUGUGUCUAAAUUACUUAACUUUUUAUAAUUUAAAAGUGUUAUUUAUUAAUUUUCAUAUAAAAAGGCAACUAGAUAUACGUGAUGUCAUGGGUUCUUAGUUCAACGUAUACUCAUACAGUGGCUUGCAGCUUAUUUCGUUCAGUUAGAAUCAAAUCUAAUAUUUUUACGCAUUUCCUUGAAUAUUUUCUCCCAUGAAUACGAGAAAAUUUGAUAUAUAGAGACAUUUAAAAUGAACAGCAAUACAGAUCUUCAUCAGUCAGAUGAUCAGGACUUUUCGGAAUUUCUCAACGAGUAUUACCUGCAAAGCAAUUCCCAAAGUAUCGAACCUGAAGCAAGUUACGAAGAUGGAGAAAUGGAAGCAGAGUGGCUGGUUUCCGCUGGUUAUCCAGAAUUGACAAAACCCUUUAAACAAGGGUUAGAGGUUUCUAAAAACGACUUGGAACCCAUUCUGACUACUUUAUCAAAGCCCCAUGCUGAAGCGAUUGUACAACUGGUAAGGACUUUAAACAAAACAGUACGGGUGCGCACAAAAAGUCGGCCAAAACGGAAACCUGAUAUAAGGGAUGUAUUUCGCGAAUUUGAUGAACGAGGCACAGUUACACGCUCACGAAGUGCCACUCCAGAUUCCCUGGACUCUCUACAAAUGGAUGAAGCUUGGACCAACAAUUCUUCACCGACUUUUGUAAAUUUAUAUGAAAAAAAUACCGAAACUCACACACGAUGUGUAGAACAAUCAAAUGAAAUAUAUUUAAAGCAAAACCUGCGACGAACCCCUAGCGCCCCGCCUAAAAGCGGCACCUCUGCGGAUAUAUUUCGUGGUUCGCAAGUGCGAUGUGAUAUACCUUUGUACUCGGCGGAUGGUGUAGAAUUGCUUGGAUAUUCACGGAUUGGCACCAUACAAUUUCCAAGGAACAGAUCCGUCUCUGAUCCAUUUUGUUCUAUUGGUCGAUCGAAGGAUUCAAGAAGUGAAAAUGAUGCACCAUCACAAGAGAAAAAAUCGAGUGAAGUGUUGUCAGCCUCAGAGAAUGAAUGCGUUCGCCUUUUACCUAUGCCCUACAAUGUCCUAAGCUUUGAAAGUAUUUGUCGAGAUUCUUCUAGUCUUGAUAGCUUCGAAGUCCUAGAUACCUGUGAUACCCCUUCAACGCUAUUCACAGAUGUCGUAUUAAUAAGCGAAAUUGACAUGAAACGUUUACAGACAAAACUUUGGUUAGAGUUAGCCACAAUAUUUGAUCGCAACAAAGUUUCUUUAGAUAAAAGAAAGCCGUUUAAGCGUCGUCGCAAAGAAGAGGGUAAUCUUUUUGGGGUAUCUAUAAACGCUCUUAUUCGUCGGGAUCAGCAAGUUACUGGCACUGACUCAUCUUUGGUCCCACUAUUUUUGGAAAAGCUUAUUGGCGAACUUCUGCGACGUGGCUCUAGAGAAGAAGGAUUACUUCGAAUAGGUGGUCACAAACAAAAGACUGAAUUACUUUAUAAUGAAUUAGAAUCAACAUUUUAUCAAAAUCCAGAUAAUCUAGCUAACCUUUUUUGCACAGCUACUGUUCAUGAACUUAGUUCGUUGCUAAAACGAUGGCUGCGUGAACUUCCUCAACCUUUGCUUACUAAUGAGCUUAUACAACUGUUUUAUCAAUGUCACACACUUCCAUCAAUAGAUCAAAUGAAUGCACUAUCGAUUUUAUGUCACCUGCUUCCGCCUGAAAAUAGAAACACAUUACGUUCUUUAUUAAGCUUUUUUAAUUAUAUAAUUAAUUUAAAAGAUAUAAACAAAAUGAAUGUGCAUAACGUAGCAACAAUAAUUGCACCGUCACUGUUUCCACCACGUUAUAUACACCCGAGUGACAAAAACAGCAUUGCAGAACAAGUAAGAAUGGCCGCUCAGUGUUGCCGUUUGACGAAUAUUUUAAUCCUACGCGGCGAAAAACUUUUCCAAGUACCAAACAAUUUAAUUAUGGAAUCACAGAAAACAAUGAUGGGUAAGAAAGGAUGGCAUCGGCAUCGAAAUUCAAAUGAAAUUAUUGCAAAACCAAGCGGAAAGGCGAGCAAUGUUGGCGUUGGACACGACUCUUCAGUUAUAAAUAAAUACUCAACCAAUUUAAAGCAUUUACAUCCAUUUGUUAUUUGAACAAACGGUUGCUAACGUUGAUUAAGUUGUAUUAUAUAUUAAAUUGAAAAAAUGUUAAAUGCAAACUACAAAUUUAGUGACGCUCAA